AUGGACGAACGUACUAGUGAAGAUGAUGACAAGGUCAAAUGUGCCAUGUUAUUAUCAUCUUAUGAAUUUUUAACUUCAGUUUAUGAUAUAACACGAGCUAUAUUUCGUCAUUUACCUAUUCGCUCAGUUGAUUCAUGUUCAUUAGUAUGUCAAUCAUGGGCACAUAUGUCUCGUUUAACGAAAUCUCAUCGUCAAACAAUUCAUGCAUUAACUUAUCCUUCAAAUCCAUUAUCAUCUACAACAAUAUGUUCAAAUAAAAUAGAUGAUUUUGAUCAAUUUAUAAUCUCCUAUAUAAAUAAUCAUCUAUGGUCAAUUCCUACAUUUGCAUUAGUUGUUUCAACAAAUAUUUUAGCAAAUAAAGGUUUUUAUUCUUCACCAAAUUCUCCACCACCAUCAAAACAUUCAGAAGCAGGAAAUUUAACACGAAUAACAACACGUUUUGAUGUAUCACAAGCACUUCAAAGACAUUUAAAUAAAUCAUGUAAAAUUUUAAUGAUUGCUGCUGAUGGAAUAAUUGCUUCAACAGAAAAUAAUCAAUCGAAUGAAAUACAAUCAAAUGAUGCUAUUGGAAUUUUAUUUCUUCCACAUUUCGCUCCAGAGAUUCUUGGAGUUUACCCAUUUGAAGUUCCAUCAAGUGCACAAAUAUCAUCGGAUAUGUCUCGGUCUGAAUUACAUCGUUUUCUUGGAUCUGUACCAAAUGAUGUACCUAUACGAUGUGUUAUAUUUUUUUUUGUACAACGUCAAUCCAAUGCUGUUGAUUGUAUUAAAAAAUUACUUGAACAUUAUCCAUCGGAAAUUGCUAUUAUUGGAAGUUUUGUUGAUCAAAUUAAUUAUGAUGAUAGACAAAUUCAUCCAACAAGAAUUUCAUGUGAUGCAUGUGGAAUUGUUAUAACAGGAGAUAAAAAACGUUUACACAUCGGAGAAAUUUUAUUAGAAAGUGAUAUACGUACACGUGAACAAAUAAGUGAUAAAUUUAAAAAAUUAAAAUAUUUAGACACAAAUGAAUAUUUAUCAUUUGCUAUACAAAUAAGUUGUAUUGCACGUGGAGAAGAUUAUUAUAAUGAUGAAAAUGUUGAAUGUUCAGAAUUUCGAAAAUUAUUUCCAAAUACACCAUUAAUUGGUGUUUUUGGUAAUGGAGAACUUGGACAUGAUUUUUUACCGAAUUCAAAUCAAAAAAUAACAAAACAACAAACAGGAAAAGAUUUAUUUCGUGGUUAUUCAUCCGUCUUUACAUUGAUCUCAUUACAUCUUUGA